CGUUAAAUGGGUUUAACGUACAUUGACCUAUAAAACAGAUACGAGGAGGACAUUUCACUGGGAACAAACAAUUCCUCCCAUGAACUUGACCGCGCUCGACCUUCGCUCGUUCGUCCCAGCCGCAGACUUCGGCAAAUCCAAGGCGUUCUACACGGCCCUGGGCUUUGAUUGCACGUGGUCGUCGGACAACCUUGCGGUGUUCCGGUACGGUCCCUCCCUUUCCUUCUACCUCCAGGCGUUCAACGAGCAGGCGUUCAUCGACAACUACAUGAUGUUCUUGAGCGUGGAGAACGUCGCGGACUGGUUCGUCGUCACGAAGACCGUCACGGACAAGUUCCAGACACGGCUGGGGGAAGUACGCGACCAGCCAUGGGGCCAGCGAGACUUCACGUUUCAAGACCCGUGCGGCGUGUGCUGGCGAGUUGCUCAGACGAUGGAGGGGAGUUAAACGCAUUUAACGUGUUAGACGAUGCAAUAUGGUGCUCAGAUGAUUUUGAUACAAUUAAGUUGAUAUGGCUUCUUCCGAA